AUGGCCUGUUACAUCGUUCCUCAUUACUGCAAUCCCAAUUUGUUCCCUCCCAAUCGAAAAAUCAUCGGACAUCACCACCGUUUCGGCCGCAAGAUCUUGAAGACAAGACUUGUGGUUCCUCGAAGUUCCGCCAUUAGUGACGGUGGUGUCUCCUACAAUACCCUAGUUUCCGAGGCUGUGAGGCUUUUGGUUCCACAAGCAAACUUUGAUUCCUCAAAGCUCGAAGUGUUAUUCUUAGGGGAAUUACUGCAGAACAACACUAGAGGAGGGAUUAUUACGCCACGGGCUUAUAUUCUUUCUCACUGUGACUUCACUGCUAACUUAACCUUAACCAUCUCCAAUGUCAUCAACCUGGAUCAACUAGAAGGCUGGUACAAGAAAGACGAUGUGGUUGCCGAGUGGAAGAAGGUGAAAGACGAGCUGCGGUUACAUAUUCACUGUUGUGUAAGCGGUCCAAGCCUGUUGCAGGAUGUGGCUGCAGAGCUUAGGUACCACAUUUUCUCCAAGGAAUUGCCUUUGGUACUAAAAGCUGUGCUCCAUGGAGACUCAGUUAUGUUUAGAGAAAACCCUGAGCUAAUGGAUGCCUAUGUAUGGGUUUAUUUUCAUUCAAGCACACCUAAAUACAACCGGAUCGAGUGUUGGGGACCUCUCAAGGAUGCUACAAAGGGAAAGCAGAAAGGCAAUCUUCAAGGCUUUUUGAGUUCAAAUCCUUCGACGAAGUUAAUUCGAACUAAGUCAAUCUUCCAUACUCUAUUUACGUUUCUUCUGUGA